AUGUUUAGGACCGAAAUCCCUCGUUUUCUUCAUUCCAUCCGUCCUGACGGACACAAACUUUCAUCCUCCUCUUCCAAAACCCCAUCUCUUCUCUCCCGAUCCUUUGAUGAGAAUCUCCUCAGCCGUCUCAAAACGCUAGAUCCGCCCUCCAUCACCUUCUCCUGGCUAUCACGCGCCGUCGAUCUUCUCUCCUCAACCCAUGCCGACGCGGAGGCCCUGAUCUCUGAUCUGUCGGUAUCGGCGCCCGAGAAAUCUCUUCCGUCUUACUUAGACGACAGCAUCAAGGUGUUGGACGUCUGUAAUUCGAUCACGGCUGAGAUCGAACGGCUGCGGCAAGGUCGGCUCUUGAUCCACUUCGUCCUGCACCUCCUCGACCUCUCCGGGAAGGAUCGUGAGGCUCCAGCACCGGAGAAUCUACGCAAGGCGCGCGAUUCGCUCGCGGACUGGGGGAAAUCCACGCCGGCGGGGAGAAAGAGCUUGAGCCUCGAGAACUCGGCGGCCCUUAUCCGAGAUCUAGCGCAGGCCAUCGGGAGUCCGCCACGUGGCAAGGUGCAGGACGUAAAGAAAACCCUCCGCCGCGUGAUCUACACCGUUGGAGCUGUGACCGUCUUCGUCGCGGGAGCCGUCGUUGCGGUUCUGGUCGGAUCGCCAGAGCCGAUCGGAAUCCGGGUCCCGUCCGAGUUUUUGUGGGCAGAGAGGUUCAACGAUCUGCAGAUGGUGGUUUCCGGCGAGCUCCGGACGCGGUUUUCCGGCAGUAAGAAGCGGUUUGCGAAUGAGCGCGAGUCUGUGGAGGAAGCGGUACGGAGGGUUGCUGACGUCAUCGGCGAGGCGGAGGGAGGGACGGAAAAGGAGGGGAUGAGUAACGCUGCUAAGGAGCUGGAGAGAGCGACGGAGGAAUUCUCUGACGGUUUGGAACGGCUGUUAGACGGCGUUAAUGGAUUCUUCCGUGUGGUUUUGUGUACGAGGAAUGCCUUGUUGAAGAAUUUCCGGAGAAACAAGGGUGACAACAAGGAGGCUAUCAUUUAUGGGGUUCAACAAUCUAAUGGUAGUGAUGUGUUUGAAAAUGGCAGAAAUGCUGGUGAUGGGUUUGAACAGAGAAGAUGGGUGAAUCAAGUUGGUAGCCAAGGAAGGCUCGUGAAAUUUGAUUAUGAGAUCGGUGGAUUGGGAUACUAUGAUCUAAUUAUCAGAGAAAUGACAUUCGGUUCAAAGCACAUGAGCUAUGCUGGAAGUGGUGAAAUAGAGAUAACAUUGCGGUUGCUAACGUUGGUGAAUUAG